AUUAUUAUAUUUAACUGUUGCACAAAUAUGAAAAAAUAACAAUGUAUUACAUUUACAAACACAAUGACUGGCAAGACAUUCAAAAUCCUAACAUUAAACAGAUAAUAACCGUACACGUCUGAAAAACUGAUCAAACGAAAUAAAACAAGAUUCAAGACAGAUAAAUCUUUGUGUUUCGAAAUUCAACAGUUUAUUUGGUUGGCAAGCCAACUUUGUCCAAAUAAUUUGACUUACCCGCUGAAUUCUGAGCUAUUUUUCUUACAGCAGAAUCCACAUUGCACAUAAGAUGUUUUGCACCAAUUGUGGGGAAAAAAUCGAAAAACAUUGGAAGUUCUGUGUGGGAUGUGGCUUUGCUACAGGUACAUCCUCUCUACCAGAAGAAAAGCUAACAGAUGGGCCUUCCAUGCCUUGCCCAGACACAGACAAAGAUGGAUCGUGCUUUGACAAUUUGUACAGAGCAUUAACACCUGAAGCUAGGAAGAGUGUUAAUCUUUUGAAGAUGAAAAUCUCAAAAAAAGAUCACAUAGAACCCUCUCUGUCUCAAAAUGUUAUGUUAUCAAUCCAGCUUAUUGGCAUGGACCGGAAACUGGUGCGGAUGUUGGGGUCCACACCAGGGCGCAUUAACAUGCUUGUUAAUAGAAACUCGGGCCCACUGGAAUGGGCGAACCUGGUGGCAGAAAAAAUCAACAUAAAAACUGUUCAACCAGAGGAAUUGAAAUUUCUCCUUAACAAAACUGAACAUGAGUUUGUGUUUUCAUUGGAUGAAGUUAAGAAAAGGGCAACCUCCAGACACAGGAAAGAGCUGGAAGUUUUCUGCCUUCUACCUAAAAAUUGACUCUGACAAGGGAACAGCAAAACUCAAAUGUGCCACAGUAUCAAAGGUCAACGCGGAUCAUGAAAGCAAGAAACAAAAAUGUGAAACUGUGUCUAAGACGGAAACAUGCGUGUAUAUAGAGGAGGAUGAAGAGGAGGAUGAAACAAGAGCAAGCCCUCAGAAGGUAAUACCAGCCAGUGCUUGGCCAGUAUUCUCGAAGUCUGUGUCCAUGGC